CUCUCCCUCUCCUCUGUCCCUCUGCCUCCACUCUCCCUGCACCAUGGGACCUGCCUCAGGUCCCAGUCUGCUGUUGCUGCUGCUGGCCAGCCUCCCCCUGGCCCUGGGGGACCCCAUGUACUCCAUGAUCACCCCCAACAUCCUGAGGCUGGAGAAUGAGGAAAACAUAGUGCUGGAGGCCCACGAAGUUCAAGGGGACGUUCCUGUCACAGUCACGGUCCACGACUUUCCAGCCAAGAAGCAAGUGCUGUCCAGUGAGAAGACGGUGCUGAGUGGCGCCACCGGACACCUGGGCAACGUCACCAUCAAGAUCCCAGCCAGCAAGGAGUUCAGGUCGGAAAAGGGCCACAAGUUUGUGACUGUCCUGGCGAACUUCGGGGCCACGAUGGUGGAGAAGGUGGUGCUGGUCAGCCUUCAGAGCGGGUACCUCUUCAUCCAGACAGACAAGACCAUCUACACUCCCGGCUCCACGGUCCUCUACCGGAUCUUCACUGUGGACCACAAGCUGCUGCCAGUGGGCCGGACCAUCGUCGUCAGCAUUGAGACCCCAGAUGGCAUCCCCAUCAAGAGGGACACUCUGUCUUCUCAAAACCAGUUUGGCAUCGUGCCCUUGUCUUGGAACAUCCCAGAGCUGGUCAACAUGGGGCAGUGGAAGAUCCGGGCCCAGUAUGAGAAUUCACCGCAGCAGGUGUUCUCCGCUGAGUUCGAGGUGAAGGAGUACGUGCUGCCCAGCUUCGAGGUCCUGGUGGAGCCCGCAGAGAAAUUCUACUACAUCGAUGACCCGAAUGGCCUGGAGGUCACCAUCACAGCCAGGUGAGGCCCAAGAGGUGUGA